AUGUGUUUGUUAAGUUUAACCCAAGGUCUGUCUUAUGAUGAAUACAAUUCAUUAGUGAGUAAAUACUUAUUAGCUUUUGGAUAUAAGUUUUUGUAUGUUUUUAAUAAUUUAAUUAGUGCUGGACUGUUAGUGCAGCCAUCUAGUCCCAAAUUAUCUCUCAAUAUUAGCCAUUUAAGUAACCUAAGUGAGAGAUUACCCAAAUGGCAGACUGCAUUUCAGAAUACUGCAAAUAAACUCAAGCAACUACCACAAAAUGAAUCUGAAAAUUCUCCUGGGUAUGUCUUUAAUGGUAGUUAUAUUCCAUUAGUUGCUGCUUUGUGUAAUACUUUAUUGACAUCUGAAUCUCUUCUUGAAGUACUAAACAAACUAUCUCCAUUAAAUGAUUUAAAAGUUGGGGGUGCUGUUAUUGAUAAACAGAAAAUAGGAAUGGAGACAUUAAAUGAGAAAUUAUCGAAUUUGUCAUUAAAUAAUUUGGAACUUAGUUGUAAAGAUGCAAAGACAAUUUUGAAAAUAUUAAAAAGUGACAGUAAAAUGAAUGGAGGAAUUAAUAUAAAGCCAAGGACAGUAUUGGUGUAUAUUAUUGGUGGAGUAACAUAUGCAGAAAUUGCUGCUUGUGAGGUGGUACAAACUAUUACAAACAGUAAGAUAUUCAUUGCCAGCGAUUGUGUAUCAAGUGGUAGUGAUGUUAUGGCUGCAAAUGUUUAAGCAAUGAAUCAGUUAAAAUUAAGAUUUAAAAUUUAGAUGUACAUAUAAUUGGUAUUUAUAGAGAAAAGAACAAAUUUUUAAUUAUUUGAAAAUAUAUAUUUCCAUUAUCACAGUAGAAAAUUAUCU